AUGAACAAAUAUCUGGGUUCAUCUCCACAUCUACCACCAAGCCAAGGCCAAGUUCCCAAUUUGAGGAAAAAUCUUUGCAUUUCAUAUAGUUAUCUGCUAUGGAUAAAUUGUUGCAAUUUGGAAGGAAAGCAUGGUUUAUGGUCAGGGUGCUCUCGGGAUACGAAGAAAGAAGGAUUAGAGCCUACAGAAUACAACUCCAACAGCGUAUUGAGAAGGGGCAUAUCAAGCACGCACAAAGACACGCAAUUACUGCUUUUUGCACGAAUUGUGGCUUUGCUUAUUCUUUGUGGGGUACAAGCUAGGAAGCAAGAGUUGAGACGGAUUCCAGAACAGGCUAUCUUGUCAGAGGUUCGUUGCAUGGUUGAGCAGAUGCAAGCACUCAAUCGUCAGCUGGAAGAAACAGAAGCUGCAAUCGAAGAGUACUUCAAACCAAUUGAUAAGAACGCAGAGAUCAUAAUGGAUAUGCAACUUGAGAAAGAAGAAAAGCAAAUGAAGGAGAUGCUGAAGGCCAUGAACGAGCAGGCUAUGUUACAAAGAGAGAUGGCAGCAAAGAAAAUUGUUAGCAGUGCAGAUGUAAGCCAUCCAACUCAACAAAUGGCAUCCACCCCAUCAAAUCAAGAACAGGCUAAAUAAUAUUCCAUUAACAUUUGACACAGAGUUAAAAAGUAAUUAAGUGUAUCUUUUACAUCUGGUUGGGUAAUAAAAAUAUUACUAUUGUAUCAGAGAUUUUGUUCACGCAUUCAAAAGGUUUAAGAUGUUCCAGUUUUGGCUGUU